AUGAUAUGUUAUAAUAUAUUAGGAGUUCGACAAUGUGAUACGGAUCAGGAUGCUCAGAAGGUUAUUGUGGGUGGUGAUUUUAAUUUAGAUGAGGUGGUGGAAACUGUUAAGAGAAAACUUGGUAAAAAGACAGAAGUUUUGACUACGAUUAAGGAAGCUAAUGUAAUUGCAAAUGAAGAUGAUGAAUCUGAAAUAGUUCCAGAGAAGAUAAAUGAAGAUAUUGAAAUAGUUCCAAAGGAAAGUGAAGAAUCUGAAAUAGUCUCAGAGAGAAAUGAAGAAAUUGAAAUAAUUCCAAAGAAAAAUGAAGAAAUUGAAAUAGUUCCAUAG